AUGAGCGCACCCGUCUUCAAUGCAUCCAUUCCCAAUGGAGGAGACCCUCUACUGGUUGACGUCAAUGCUCAAUAUGUUGGGUUUGAGUAUCAUUACAUCUACCUCGUCUUUUGCGGCUUCAUCGUCUGGCUCAUCAUACCCGGGAUUGGGCUGCUCUAUGGAGGUCUUGCGCGACGAAAGUCCGCCCUCGCUAUGCUGUUCCAGAGUCUGAUGGUUGCUGCUGUCACGACUUUUCAAUGGAUGUUCUGGGGGUAUAGCUUGGCGUACUCACGGACGGCGGGGCCUUUCAUAGGGGACAUGGCAAACUUUGGCAUGAAGCAUGUUAUGGCAGCACCGUCUGGUGGCAGUCCAGUCAUUCCAGAAAUUGUCUUCUGCCUGUACCAGCUUUUGUUCUGUGCCUGCACAGUUCAGAUCGUGGUGGGUGGAGCCUUUGAGAGAGGCCGUAUCGUCCCAUCUCUCGUCUUUGGGUUCUUCUGGGCCACCAUUGUCUACUGCCCAAUCGCCUGUUGGACAUGGAAUUCUAGCGGAUGGCUCUACAACCUACCAUCUCUCGACUUCGCGGGGGGAGGUCCGGUCCACAUCGCGUCCGGCUGGUCAGCUCUAGCCUACGCAUUUGUUCUCGGAAAACGCAAGAAUAGCGGCGAUGUUUCCCACGGGAAGCCACACAACACAACCCUCGUCUUCCUCGGCACCGUCCUGAUCUGGUUUGGCUGGUUCGGUUUCAACGGCGGAAGUGCCCUGAAUGCCAGUGUGCGCGCGAUGCUCGCCGCCUUCAACACCAACACCGCUGCCUCCACCGGUAUGAUCGGCUGGGUUCUAGUGGAUUAUUUCAAGCACGGCCGGCGCUUCAGCGUAGUAGGCGCGUGCGAGGGCGCCAUUGCGGGGCUCGUCGGUAUCACGCCCGCCGCUGGGUACGUUGGAGUCUGGCUCGCGGCGGUUAUUGGGUUCAUCACUGCGGUGGUGUGUGCCUUGCUUCAGAACCUAAACGAAUGGCUACAUAUCGACGAUGGGAUGGAAGUGUUCAAGCUGCAUGGGGUCGGUGGUAUGGUGGGCAGUUUCCUAACGGGCAUCUUCGCAUCGUCGUCGAUUAGCAUGCUGGAUGGCGUGACGUCCGCGCCUGGAGGUAUUGAUGGCAAUGGUGUCCAGGUCGGCAAGCAGUUUGCGGAGAUCACGGCCAUUUCCUCGUACUCGUUCCUCGUAUCCUGCGCGCUGCUGUAUAUCCUGAAGUUCAUCCCGGGCAUGCACCUCAGGAUCACGGAGGAGGCGGAGAUGAAAGGCUUGGAUCUCGAUCAGUUCUUUGACGAGCAGAUUGGGGAUUGGGGCCUGUUUGAUGAGUUGCAGAGGAAGAAGAUGGAAUUGGAGACUAGCUCGCCGGGAUCACUACAUGUGCAGGAGGCUCAGGAGCAGCUUGAUACUGACGGGAAGACAGCUUGA